UUUUUGUUUCUUUAAACGUGUGUAAGCAUCAUCACGGAUUCUCCUUGUAACCGAACCGAACCAGUCCAGGACGGCAUUUAUUUAUUUAUUUCUUCUUUCCUCGAGAACAACUUCACUGUAAUUUAGGGUUUGAAUUUGAUGAUUUAAACGUGUGGUGGUUCGGUUGUGUGUACUGACAAGUUGAUGCAACGAAACGACGGAGAAUAGGCAAAUGGUAGGUGCUGUUCCAGGCAACGAUGUCUGUAAUAAAUGGAGUGACGAGAAAAUGGAAGGAAAAGAGGGUUUCAGCGCUAUCGAGUGCCUCAGAGCAAGAUUGCUCGCAGAGAGACACGCCUCAAAACUGGCCAAUGACGAAGCAGAAUCUCUAGGCCUCAAGUGUGGUGCGCAGUUGAUUGAGCUGGAAAACAAACUCAGACAAGAGAUUAAAUUCAAAGAGAGAGCCGAGAGAAGGCUCCGAUUUUUGGAGAAGAAGCUCAAGUCUUUCAACAUUUCAUCCACAUCAGGGGAAUCUGAGCAAUCUUAUUCAUCAGGGAAGUGUGAGAGUUCAUUGACAACAAAUAGUUCAGCUUCCACGGAUGCAGAAGAGAACGAAACAGAGCCUCAUUCAGCAAAUUCACCUAUCUCUGGGAUUCAAACCCAUAAUGGUCCUCCUGUUUCAAAAGAUUUUGACUGCCCUCAAGAUCUGCGCGAGAAUCCAAGUCCAAAUUCCGAAGAUUUCAACAACAACGAAAGCAGGCUUUCGUUUUCAAGCUCGAAAUCGUCAGCAAGAGAUUCCGUUAGUCAGGGCACUAAUAUUUACAGCUCACGCACGACAAGCCCAAGCAGCUCCAGCUCCCAUGAAGAACCUGGUCAUCAUGAUCCAAAUCUGAGCUCUGAUAAUGUGAAGAACGAUGAAAUGAGGGAUGGAAUUUGAGGAAGCAGUUCUUUAUCUCAUGAUUUCACUUGUCACGUGGCUGAGAAUUUCGGGUUUCUGGGGCAAGCACAAAAACCAUCUAUGAUGAUGAUAGAAGAGUGUAAUAGAAGCUGGGUGGCUGCAUGCCAAGAGAAGCUUCUGGGCUUGACGGGAAGAAGACCAGUAAGAAACACAGUAACAGUGCUGAAUAAUUUGUAUGUUUUAGUAUAGAAAAUUAGAAAUUAGAACGUGGGAGAUAGAUUAAGGAAGGCGAGCCAGACGAGAUCACAAGAAGCAGAGUGGGAAAGUUAGUGCGAAUGAUCACAGAAAGCAUGUGAGUGUGACGAUUUAACUUUGUGGGUGUAAAUGUAAAUGAAUUCUGGGUUGGUGAAUGUGGCCACUUGAUCCUUGUGCUUUCUUGGUUUAAGAGUAGGACGGGUAGGUUGAGAUCGAAGAGCAUAAUAAGUUGACCUAAUUAAUGGCCUCACUAGAUGGGUGUGACGAUGGAUAAGGAU